ACCCUCACCCGCACCUCAGCGGAAGGAACCGGCAGACUCUACCACUAGGGUGUUGGCAGUGUUUAGUCAAUGCCUAUUAAGCAGAAUCGGCCCGCUGAGGAUGGCUGCAUCAUCUCCUAGACACAAAGAAGAAAACCCCUCGGACUCUCGCAUCUCCUGGACAAACCCUAGAAAUGUGAAGCAUCAAACAAACAUCAAAGAAGAAGAAAUGUGGCGUAUGUUUACAACACAGGGGAAUUAUACAAGUGCCUAUAACUUAGGUGAAGAAGCUGUGGUGAAGACUUUGUUUGAAGACAUUCCUCACAUCAGUUCUAGGGGGCUGCCAACCAGACAAUACUUGGCCCGUGUAGACCACGGACAUGGCAUGAAGCUGGACCAACCUCUUGAGAAGCAACGGGAUUCGGCAAGAACUUCUCCAGAGAAAUCCAUUGCGAGGGAAAGAUGUACCGUAGAUGCAGCUGGAAACAUUACGCUGAUGACUGAGACUGUGUAUAAAUGCAAUAAAUGUGAUAAAACCUUCUUCACUCGGUCUGGUUACCGGAAACACCAGAAGAACCACAUGGAGGACAGCAGAUAUGUCUGCAAUAGCUGCGGAGAAACCUUCAUGGACUGCUCCACUUACAAUAUGCACAAAGUCAGCCACAGAAAGGAUCAUGAGUGUGAUAAACAUUUCAGGCAGCAAGCCCACCUCACAAUGCAAGAGAUGACCCACGUAGGAGAUACUUGCCAUGUGUGUGGCAAAUACUUUGGCCAAAGUUCCAAUCUCAUCAGCCACAUGAGAAAUCAUGCAGGAGAAUAACUAUAUGAUGAAGAAUAAUAAAUAAAAUCAUGCAAUUUGAAGAUGAGAUGUCCUGAAGUAAAGUGAAAUUAAAGUGUUUUUUUUAUUAUUAUUUUAAAUACGAAGUGGAUGCGGAUCAUGAGGUUGGAACUAGUUCUAGCUCUGUUCCACGUAGCCUUUUCAAUUUUAUUUUUACUUAAAGUAAAUAAGUAAAUAUGUGACUGAUUUUCUAUUGUAAACACACAGAAGUUGUCUAGCAAGGAGCAUGUCUUCCUUAUCUGUUAUAUUAUCUUUUUUUAUUAUUUUUAAGAUCUGAAACGGUGUGGUG